AUGAGUCCACUGGCGUCCAGCAGGAGACUCGGCCACGUAGGUCCCGGUAUUCGAACAGCAAAAUUGCCACGAACUGCACCCGUCGUUGCGUCCACACCUGCUAGCAGCAAUCCGGGCGUCUUCGCAAUUCCCACAACUGCACGCCUCACACGUUCCCGGCUGGCCGUAUCUCGGCAACGAAGACGUGUUAUUAAACCCAAGGAUACACUGGCAUCGGGCAACGGAUCACCUUUGCUGAAUCCUUUCGCAUUGGGCGAUGCAGAUACCGCCAAACCAACCGCAGUUGAGCUUCAACUGUUGCGUACAAUGCAGAAAAAUAUCCAAACAUAUUUAGACUCAUUAAAGAAAUAG